GGUGCAGUAGUGCACCUCAGGUACGGUACCUGAGGUACCUAUGCUGCCCACGACCUUCCUAUGCGGGUACCUAACACCCGGGCCAUCAACACAUCUCCCCGCCCACCUUGUACUUAGGUACUUCGGUAAAAGAUAUCAGUUUUUUUUUUAACCCGAGGAUAUCUCAAUGCCAACUCCCGACUGAAUUACAAAGACCGCUUGUCGCAACUUGUCGCAACUUGUCGCAACUUAACCUUGGACCCUUAAAGCCUUAAAAUUGGGCCCCUUGAUGCGCAAAGAGAGUCUUAAUACGGAGAGCUGGGUCAGCAGCUACCACUGCUACCAAUGCCACCUCUCCUUGCUGGAGCAUAAAUUCUACCAUGCCGCUAAGAGCUAAGAUCCUUACUCCCCAAGCUGCACGAGCACAAAUGUCUACAAGCUCUAUUAGAGAACUCCCUAAGGAGCUAGAUACAGACCAACCUAACGAUGUCGUCUUCAACAACAUAUAUGGUCUGCGGACCGUUGAGCUCAAUCGACCAGACAGCUAUAACGCGCUCAACGGCUCUAUGAUCAGGAAGAUAUUCCCCCGAUUAGUCGAGUGGGAGAAGUCAGACAUGGCAAAUGUAAUUGUCAUGAAGGGCGCUGGUCCAAAGGCAUUUUGCGCUGGAGGUGAUGUGAAGGCACUAGCGAAACAAAUCAAAGAAGACCCAGAAAAAGGUCCUAGCAAGGCAGUAGAGUACUUUGCUUUGGAAUACCAGUUAGAUCACUACAUUGCGACAUAUCAGAAACCAUAUAUCUCAUUUAUGGAUGGCUACACAAUGGGUGGUGGCGUAGGGCUCAGUAUUCAUGCUCCAUUCCGGAUUGCUACCGAAAGGACAGUCUUCGCGAUGCCAGAAACCACCAUAGGCUUUUUCCCGGACGUUGGCGCCUCAUUCUUUCUGCCUAGGAUGCCGGGCUCCGUUGGUACCUAUCUGGCCCUAACAAGCGAACACCUUGAAGGAGUAAACGUAUUUUACUCCGGAAUUGCAACGCACUACUUACACUCGACUAGUUUACCAAGUCUAGAAUCGCGAUUGGCCGAGUUGCGGUUUAAAGAUUAUAACACCAUGGAAGAGCGCCUCGCUAUUAUCGAGAUGACUAUUGAAGAAUAUGCGACCGGACUACCACCUAAAGAACCAAUCCUAUUAGGCGGCGAACUUAGGAAGGCCAUUGACCGAUGCUUUAAUAAAAAUAGCGUUGCCGACAUCAUAGCUGCCUUGCGGGCAGAACGAGCAGAAGGAGGCCCUACUAAAGCCUGGGCUGAGAAAACAUUGGAAACUCUACACCAACGAUCCCCAACCUCAGUUCACGUUGCUCUUACACAGAUGAGGGAAGGUCGCAAUUGGUCCAUUGCGGAGGCAUUCCGGAGAGAACACCAAAUAGCUGCUAGGUUUAUGAAGCACCCUGACUUCGUGGAGGGUGUCACGGCGCGGCUAAUAACGAAAACGCUCCCGCAGUGGCAGCCAGCUAGCUUGGAAGAAAUUACAAAACCCAACGACAUUGUCGCGCCUUUCUUCCAACUCAGCGGCGGCCCGCCAAAGUUGAAUUUAGUAACGGAUAGAGACUACAGCCAAUAUUCCUACGGGCAAUUUGGUGUACCCAGCGAAGACGAUGUCAGAGAGGCUGUUAAGUCAUAUGGACUAUCCCGCCGUGAGAUUCGGGAAGAAUUCAUCCGGAAGAGGAAAGGCAGGCAGGGCAUUGACGCCAUCGUGGACGAAAUAUUAUCCAGGAAGACCAUUGUGAAUGAGGAGGGCAAGGCAGAAUGGGUGGACGAAUAACUGGAUAGCCCAUCAUACCACAUUACCUCUUCAUGUAUAUUAUGAUAAGUCGAUAACGGCUAGAGAUGGCAGUAGAAUCUCGACGCAGGGGUUCUCAUGUACGAAAAUCCGUCGAUGCAAACGGAGUAGGGGUUGGUAGGUGAUUUUCCGGCAGACGGAUGGUUACCUAGAGGUUGCCUAGGACAUAUGCCUUGGCAAGGAUUAAAUAGGCAUUGACCUAACAUCCACUAUUGGUGUAAAGGGGGGGAAAGGGGGGGGGCUAAUACGUGCAUAUAUAGCAUUUUGUGGCUGAGUCAUUAAAGGUACCGUAGAAAUGUGGAGCCUUUCGGCUGGUAUAAAUAUUCGCUCGGAGCCCCCGCUUCAUAUUUCGCAAACAUACCUUAGAUAUUCAAUAAAUCUUUUGGGGA